AAGUUGAGAAAUACACUAAGACUCGAGGAAUCUUGCUUGCGGUAGCAGAGAAAAAUGCUCAAACAAUUUCCUAGCAUAGAUGACGACCGAAAACCCUUACAGGAAAAAGACGCUUGCGACGUUGGUGGUAUGAGUCCUCACUUGUACAACCUUUACUUCACAGGUUUAGUAAGAGAUGACUCGUUGGCUGUAUUUGAGGUUGCAAUUUGCUGGCAGAAAGAUAAUCUCUUGCUUCAGCUGAAUGGACCAAUUCAUGGCUCGAACAUUACUAUUUUGGAGGCUGAGCUUACGACAUUGAAGCUAGGACUCACUCGUAUCUCAAUCUACUGUGAUUACUAUCCAAUCUACCAUUUUACCAAAGGGUUGACUUACUUCGCAGUGGAGAAAAACAUGUUCUCUAGUUUCCAGGAAAUAAUCAGAGGAUACAAUUUGUCUCAAUUUGGAGACCCCGAUUUGCAAGCCUUACUCUUGUUGGACGCCGAUCCAGGUGCAUAAGUUACAUCAUGAAAGCAUGCCUGGGAAUGGCUCACAUUGAGAACAAUCUGUAUUUCUUAUACAAACACUUCAGAACGAAUCAAUGUACAAUCUUAUGAGUUAGAUCUCCUAAGCUCCCUCAUCACAGUCACAUGUAUACAAUGUUUGUGACACACAAAUAAACAGUUUCAUUAAAA